AUGACUUUGUUUCUAUGGCUCAUGUUUUUAUUCGGUUUCAUAGGAGUUGCUGCUUCUGACUUUUUUUGUCCAAAUUUAAAUACAAUUGCUUCAAAAUUAAAUUUAUCUGAAAGUAUGGCUGGCGUAACAUUUUUGGCAUUUGGAAAUGGCUCGCCUGAUGUUUUUAGUACUUUCAGUGCUAUGACACAUGGAUCUGGAUCAUUGGCAAUCGGUGAACUUAUUGGCGCUGCAAGUUUUAUUACUUCUGUGGUAGCUGGAUCUAUGGCAGUGAUAUCACCAUUUCUGGUGGUGGGAACUUGGUAUGUAAGAGAUCAAAAAAAGAAACAAUGGCAAGAGCAAAGAGCUAGAGAGGAAUACGAUGAUUCUAUUGUUUUUGGUGAAAAUCAAGAUGCAUAUGGCUACGACACAUACAAUGAAAAUGAUCUUUUACUACCGGAUGUUGAACAUAGAAGUGGUGCUGAUAUUAUUAUCAAUGGUAAUAGUAGUAGAGGAAGAAGAACUUCAUUUAGCAACAACAACAGAGAUUUUCAACUACAAGAACAAUAUUCUCCUUCUUCGUUCAUAUCUUUUCGAGAUGUUGUCAAAUCCCUUAAACUAGAUAGCAAUGUAAACACAUUAGGUUUAUUUGGACAUAAUAAUUCUAACAAUUAUUAUCGUCAGCAUCACCAGCGUCAUCCGGAAAGACUUGAUAAUAGAUCUAGUAAUCCAGAAAGAAAAAAUUGGUCUAAUAUAGGAAGAGAGGAGAGAGCUUUAGAAACUAUUGGUGGAUCAACUGGUCGUCGUCAUAAUGUCGGCAAUAACGAUAUUCAUGAUGCCCCAAAAAUAAAUAUACAAACGCCCAAAAUACCAUCAACGACAGACGAGGAUUUCUUCGCAUCUGGUUCAACUUCUUCUAAAUUUAAUAAUAAUUCGAAUAAUUCGGGAGAAAUAGGUAGCAGCAAUUUGAAUGUUCCAAGUCUUUUGGUAAUUCCACCAACGCCAAAUCAAGGACCUGUUGUUGUCUCGAAUAUGUCACCUUCAUUAAAUUCAUCUACAAUUGAUUUAUUACCAAAAACUCAUCAAGAAGAAGAGAAUAAUGAUGAUUUUACUCCAGUGCCCCCUUUAGUUUUAGAAUCAUCAUCAUUACCUAAAAUGUCUCCAUUUACGUGUCUACGAUCAUCAUUCUGGACAAAGGCUCGAGCAACUUUAUUUCCAUCGCUUACAGGAUUUUCACAGAAAUCAUAUUUUACAAAAUUAACUGCUUUAAUGGCCAUGCCAGCAAUUUUCUUGCUUACGUUAACUCUACCUGUUGUGGAAGCAAAAGAAAAUGAAGUUGGUUGGAAUAAAUGGUUGACAGCCAUACAAUUUCUAUGUGCUCCUAUUUUUAUUUCUAGCGUUUUAUUUGCUGGUGACAAAUCAAGUGUUAUUAUUGUGUUGUAUGCUUUCAUUUUUGGGUUGUUAGCAUCUAUCUUCUGCAUCUUAUUUACAAGUGAAUUUAGAACGCCAAGAUUUCAUUCAUUACUUUGUUUUAUGGGAUUUGGUGUUGCAAUUGUCUGGAUAUUUCUUGUGGCCAAUGAAGUUGUAGGUCUACUUCAAGCUUUAGGCCAAAUAAUGGGAUUAUCUGAUGCUAUACUUGGGUUAACAAUUUUUGCAAUGGGAAAUAGUUUGGGAGAUUUUGUUGCAAAUAUUACUAUUGCAAAAAUGGGAUUUCCUAUGAUGGCCAUGAGCGCAUGUUUUGGUGGUCCUAUGUUGAAUAUAUUACUUGGAGUUGGUAUUAGUGCUACUUAUGUAGCAAUUAAAACAGGCAGUCCAAGUAAGAUUGAAGUUGAAGCAACGUUAUUUAUAUCAUCAAUUGGAUUAUUAUUAGGGUUAUGUUCGGUUAUGAUUUAUUUGCCAUAUAAUGGUUAUCGAAUGACAAAAGCUUUGGGAUAUUAUCUGAUUUCAAUUUAUGUAAUUUGUAUGUUGAUAAAUGUUGUAUUGGAAGUGAAAUCUAUUAAUAGUUCAUGA